CCCCUCACGGCAAUCAGAGUCUCAACAGCAGCGGCGUCCUCCACCCUCUCCAGGCAGCAGCAGCAUCAUCACCAGCGCCGGCGGUAAGACACGGAGGAGACGCAUCCGAGUGAUGCCACUUCACCGACCUCAUCUCGCCACCGCGAAAACACGCCGAGAUUAAAGCUCUUCAUUUGCGAGGAGGGAGAAACACAUUCGCCUGGAGACCUCCACUGCCCAUGAAGAUGUCUAACGACGACAUGGUCUUGAACUCCACCGAUCGGGUUGUAAAAUCCGUGCCCUUCCCCCUGAGUAACCGCCUCACCAUGAAAGAGGUGUUUGACUGUGAGGGGAAGCCAAGGGUGGAUCUAUUGAAAGCUCACCUCACUAAGGAGGGCAGAGUGGAGGAGACUGUGGCCCUCCGAAUCAUCAGUGAAGGGGCCUCCAUCUUACGCCAGGAGAAGACCAUGCUGGACAUAGAGGCACCCGUCACAGUGUGUGGUGACAUUCAUGGCCAGUUCUUUGACCUUAUGAAGCUGUUUGAGGUGGGAGGCUCACCAGCCACGACACGUUACCUCUUCCUGGGCGACUACGUGGACCGGGGUUACUUCAGUAUUGAGUGUGUUCUGUACCUCUGGUCACUGAAAAUCCUCUACCCAAAGACGCUUUUUUUACUGAGAGGAAAUCAUGAAUGUAGACAUUUGACAGAAUAUUUCACCUUCAAACAAGAAUGUAAAAUCAAGUAUUCAGAGCAGGUUUAUGAUUCCUGUAUGGAUGCUUUUGACUGUCUGCCCUUGGCAGCCCUCAUGAACCAACAGUUCCUGUGUGUCCACGGUGGCCUGUCCCCAGAAGUACAGACCUUAGACGACAUAAAGAAGUUGGACCGGUUCAAGGAGCCCCCAGCGUUCGGGCCUAUGUGUGAUUUGUUGUGGUCUGAUCCCCUGGAGGACUUUGGCAAUGAAAAGAGCCAGGAGUUCUUCAGCCACAACACAGUCAGAGGCUGCUCAUACUUCUACAGUUAUCCGGCUGUCUGUGAUUUCCUACAGAAUAAUAACUUGUUAUCAGUCAUUCGAGCGCACGAAGCACAAGAUGCAGGGUACCGGAUGUACAGGAAGAGUCAGACCACCGGCUUCCCUUCUCUAAUUACCAUUUUCUCUGCACCAAACUACCUUGAUGUUUACAAUAACAAAGCUGCCGUUCUCAAGUAUGAAAACAAUGUAAUGAACAUCCGGCAGUUCAACUGCUCCCCUCACCCUUACUGGCUGCCAAAUUUCAUGGACGUCUUCACCUGGUCGCUGCCGUUUGUGGGGGAGAAGGUCACAGAGAUGCUGGUAAAUGUGUUGAGCAUCUGCUCUGACGAUGAGCUGAUGAAUGACGAAGAAGAGAUCUUUGAUGCCAAUGCUGCAGCUGCUCGGAAAGAGGUGAUUAGGAACAAGAUUCGUGCCAUUGGGAAGAUGGCCAAGAUGUUCUCAGUGCUCAGAGAGGAGAGUGAGAACGUGUUGACACUAAAAGGCCUGACCCCAACCGGUAUGCUACCCAGUGGGGUGCUGUCCGGAGGCAAGCAGACUCUACAGAGUGCAACCAUCGAAGCCAUUGAAGCCAUCGAGACAGAAGAGGACACAGAAGCAAUCCGUGGCUUCUCUCCACAGCACAAGAUCGCCAGCUUUGAAGAGGCUAAAGGUCUGGAUCGCAUUAAUGAGCGCAUGCCACCCCGCAAGGAUGGGGUCAAUCACGUGGGCCACUCCAUGGGCAAGAUGAACAUGUCAGAGACCAAUGGCACUGAUGACAACAGUAAUAUCCAGUGAUGAAAUGGCUGCCCAACCAUGAUUUGCGGCAGGACAAUGCCAAACCUGUGAUUUAAGGCCUCCUGCUUCCAACAAACACUCAAUGACAUAACACCACCUACACAUCCCUCCCUGCUCCAGUGUCCAGUUAGAGAGACAAACUAUCCAACUUCAAAUCUUUCACUGAAAUGUGUGGGAGGCAGACAGUUUUCUUGCAAUCAGUUUGCCGCCUAAAAGUUUACAGUUUAAGCGGAUACCUUGCUGAUUUGGCAAAUCCUUGCCUUUUUUGGGGAGUGUCGAAUGGGAAAGGAGGGGGUGGGGGGGGUGAUAUGCAUCUGAAGGGCUGAAAGUAUCUUUAUCAGAGAGGGGGUGGUCUCAAGGGCAAAAUCUGCCAGUUCCUUUCUGACUCCGCCCACAGGCUAAUUGGGCGGGGUUUAGGAACUCUCUUUUAAGCCUGAUCCAUCUAGUUAAUUGGUGGGGGUGACGAGCCGGUACCAAUUCCACGCACACUUUUUCCUAUUUUGAUUAAGAGUUUUUCCUUCAUAAUCCCAUCUCAUAAUGAAAUUAUCUCUCUGUUCGAAAUGUUUUGCUACUAGUAUUAUUAAAUAUUACAUUUGAAACAGCAAAAAAGAAAACUGUUUGUGAGAAAGGACAUUUAACAACAAAUAUGUUCAUUUUAUUACUUACAAUGCAAUCUUGCCAUGGGGGUUUUGUUUAUUGAUUUUGUUUGUGGUAAGAUGCCAUGAAGUGGUUAAGGACAGAGCAAAGUGGUGAUGUUUUUUUGACCGUAGACUCUUGAUCAAACCAAGCGUCUGGAUGGGGAGGAAUUAUGUUGUUGGAGCUCGAGUUCGACUUUUGGUGCCACCUUCCUGAUUGUUUCUCACCUGCCUGUAACUCAAGAGAGAGAAUGCACACAGUACAUUUCAC